AUUCUGUUUAUAUUAGGAGGUGAUUGGCUCUGGCGAGAGAACAUUUUAUUGAAAGUGUUGGAAGCAUGCAGCCGUUUCUAGUCAUAGUUUUAAUUCUAUUGAUUUUCUUGUGGUUACACCAUCGAUGGAAUCAUCGCCAUGUAUUCGGCAUGGCCAGGAAAGUGCCGUUUCAUAAGUUGGAAAUGAUAUUGGGUUUUGGACCAAUUGUGACUCCGAAAACCAUUGUUAAACAUGGUGUCGAAAACUGUAAAAAGCUUGGCCAAAACUUCAUUAAUUUUGUUGGUCCAUUUCCGCAAUAUGUUACCGGAGAUCCGGAUAUCGUCAAAGAUAUUCUAAUGUCGAAAUUGUGUAUACACAAGGAUUAUUUGACAUAUGGUGGACUACGUCAUGCCCUGGGCGAAGGACUACUGACCAUACAAGGAAAGGAUUGGCAACAUCUUAGGAAACAAAUGGAUCCAGGUUUUAAAUUUUCCAAAGUUCUGGGAUUUUUACCCGUCUUCAAUAGGCGAAUGUCGGGCUUUUUUGAGGAACUGGAUGGAUGCCAUGCUAUGAAAGAUUCCUAUAGAAUUUUAACGUUUUGUCGAGAAUACACCAUUGGCAUAACAUGCGAGACAAUGUUGGGACUUGAUCUUGAUAAAUCUACAAUUGAUAUAAAACACUAUGCAAACUUUAUAGCAAGCAUGAUGGAAUAUAUAUCGGACGUAACAUUUACCGUGUACUAUCAAUCGAAAUUCAUUCUCAAACUAGCCGAUUUAACAAUAUACAAGCAGCAUCGGAAAGAAUUGCAAUUUUUAAGAUCGGUAAUUAAUGAUGCAUUUACGUACCAUUCGACAAAAUCUGGAACUCUUCCGGAGUAUGUAAACACUGUGGAGCAUAUUGUCGCCCGCCAUGUCAUUGAAGCCAAAGAAAAUAAUAAGAUUGAUGCUGAUCUGGCCCUAUCAAAUACGAUGCAUUUGUUCGGUGCGGCAUUUGAAACCACAUCGUCAACAUUGUAUUUCGCAAUUCUCAUGUUGGCCCUAUAUCCUGAGUAUCAGGAAAAAGCCUACGCUGAAAUACUUCAAAUGUUUCCCGAAAACGACAGCGGAGGGUUUGAGAUCACCUAUAACCAUAUCAGCCAGCUUACCUAUCUGGAUAUGUUUAUAAAGGAGACACUGCGUGUAUUUCCCACAGUUCCUCUGUUUUCUCGACGCGUCAUUGGUGGUGAUCUCCGACUGAGCAAUGGUGUGGUUAUACCCGAGGGGCAAGAAGUCGUAAUAAAUACCUUUAAUUUACAUCGAAAUAAAGAUGUGUGGGGUCCCCAGGCCGACACAUUUAAUCCGGAUAAUUUUCUACCGACCAACGCCGAGAAGCGCCAUCCGUAUGCCUUUGUGCCAUUUGCCAAGGGGCUGCGUUUUUGUAUAGGACUGCGUUAUGCGGAAUUGACGCAGCGGGUGGCAAUAGCAAAGAUAAUUAAGCGUUACAAAUUUUCAACCACCGCCAAAAUAGAAGAUCUCGAGUUGCAGAACCAUAUAUCAAUGCAGUUGGGAAAAUACCCGCCCAUCACUGUUGAGAGAAGGGCGUUUCCAAAGUAGAAUUAGAAAAGAAAAUGUUAAUA